AUGGAUGCAAAAAACCAAACAAUACUAAAGGACUUUAUUUUAAUGGGACUUUCUAAUAACCCGAGAGUAAAAUUAUUUCUUUUCAUUUUCUUUUUUAUUGUCUAUUCCAUUACUUUGACAGGCAAUUGUUCCCUAAUCAUACUAACAAGGAUUAUACGUAAAUUGCAGUCGCCAAUGUACAUGUUCAUACGCAAUCUGGCUAUCCUGGAUAUCACAUUUACAUCAGUCACUGUCCCAAAAAUGCUGGUCAGUCUCUUGUCAGAGAGAUCUCAUAUUUCCUAUAAUGGGUGUUUCACUCAGCUUUAUUUCUAUCACUUCUUAGGUAGCGCUGAAUGCUUUCUGCUAAGUAUUAUGGGAUAUGAUCGCUAUGUGGCCAUAUGUCAUCCUCUACAUUAUCCACAAAUUAUGAGCAAGAAGUCUUGUAUCUGUCUUGCUUCCAGUUGCUGGAUCACUGGCUUGCUCUACUCUUUUGUACACACUAUACUCACUGCAAGUUUAUUAUUUUGCCAUUCUAGAGAAGUCAAUCAUUUUUUCUGUGACAUGCCCCCACUAUUAAAAUUAUCUUGUUCAGAUACAACAUUAAAUGAAAUUGUCAUCUUAUCUUUGGGUGGUAUAGCAGCUGGGGCUUCAUUUACAUUAACCGUUAUAUCUUACAUAUAUAUUAUUACCACUAUUAUAAAAAUACGCUCUGCAGAGGGCAGGAAGAAAGCUUUCUCAACCUGCGUGGCACACCUUACCAUUGUCUCCAUUUUUUAUGGGACAAUCAUCAUCAUGUACCUUAGGCCUCAAUCCAGUCAUUCACUAGAUCAUGAUAAAAUGCUCUCUGUUUUUCACAAUGUGAUAACCCCAAUGUUAAAUCCCUUGAUUUACAGUCUAAGAAAUAAAGAUGUUAAAGAUUCCCUUAGAAAACUAUUUAGGAAAAAGAGUAUGGGUUUAAGAAAAUAA